CCCUAUGAACGGCGGCGGCAGAGCGCCGCCCAGCGGAAGCGGGAGGCUUCGCCGUGACCGAGGAGAGAAAGGGACGAGGGAACAAGUAAUGGCGGCCAGUUCGUGUGUGUGACUGAGCAGAGAAGUAGGAGGAGCACUCCGCGCCUUCGGGCCCUUGUUGGAAGCCCGGCAGCGCCGCCGCUCCUCGAAGCAGGGGCGCCGGAGACAGCGACAGCGCCUCCCGUCCUGGGGGGGCCCGCGGCGGGGCUAUGGUGAACACUCGGAAGAGCUCCCAGUCCCAGCGCCUCUCCGGUAAGACGGCGGUGGCGGUGGUCUCGGGGCCCGGCAGCCAUUUCAUCUCAUCCAGGACCCGCUUGUCUAGGACCAGCGCCAAGGCGGCGGCGGCGGCGGCAGCGGCGGCGGCGGCGGCGGCGGCGGCCGGGCAGGAUGAGGAGUCGACCCGGAGAGAUGACGGUAGUGAUGCUAGCUUAAGUGAUAGCCACAUAUCUCCUCCAGCCAAACGUACCUUGAAACAUGCUGAUUCUGUAUGCAAAGACAAAUCAAAAUCUCGCAGUACAGGGCAGCGAGAGGAAUGGAGCGUCUCAACUGGACAGUCCAGGUUAACUUCUCAGUCUGGUGCUACCUUACCAAAUGGGCGUAGCUUAUCUCUCAAAAGCUGUUCCCUUCGAGGGGAGAAAAAAGGAGAUGGAGAGCAUGCUUGCAUAAAUGGAGGCAGAGAAAUCAGAAAAAGUUGUCGCUCCAGAAAAAACAGAUUUGAAAGUUUAAAUCAAAGUUUACUGUUUGAUCAAUUAGUAAACAGUACGGCUGAAGCUGUUCUGCAGGAAAUGGACAAUAUUAACAUUAGACGGAAUAGGCGUUCAGGUGAAGUGGAAAGGCUACGCAUGUGGACCGAUACAGAAUUUGAAAACAUGGAUAUGUAUUCACGUGUGAAGAGGAGGAGAAAAUCAUUGAGAAGAAAUAGCUAUGGAAUCCAGAAUCACCAUGAAGUUUCCACAGAAGGGGAAGAAGAAGAAUCUCAAGAAGAAGAUGGAGAUAUUGAAGCAGAGGAGGCAGAGGGAGAAGAAAAUGAUCGUCCAUAUAAUUUGAGACAAAGAAAAACAGUGGAAAGAUAUCAAGCGCCUCCUAUAGUGCCAGCCCAUCAGAAGAAAAGGGAAAAUGCAUUAUUUGACAUUCAUAGAUCUCCUGCAAGAAGAAGCCAUAUAAGGAGAAAGAAGCAUGCCAUUCAUAGCAGUGAUACCACCUCUUCAGAUGAAGAACGCUUUGAAAGAAGAAAAUCGAAGAGCAUGGCAAGAGCAAGAAACCGAUGUCUGCCUAUGAACUUUAGAGCAGAAGACUUGGCCAGUGGAAUCCUGCGUGAACGAGUGAAAGUUGGUGCAAGUUUGGCUGAUGUAGAUCCAAUGAUUCUUGAUAAAUCGGUGCGCUUUGAUAGCAUAGGUGGAUUGAGCAAUCAUAUUCAUGCACUUAAGGAAAUGGUUAUAUUUCCACUUCUUUAUCCUGAAAUAUUUGAAAAAUUCAAAAUUCAACCACCAAGGGGCUGUUUGUUUUAUGGUCCUCCUGGAACAGGUAAAACCUUGGUAGCUAGAGCUCUGGCCAACGAAUGCACCCAAGGGGAGAGAAAAGUUGCUUUUUUUAUGAGGAAAGGAGCAGACUGUCUCAGCAAGUGGGUUGGUGAAUCUGAACGACAACUUCGACUGCUCUUCGAUCAAGCUUACCUGAUGAGGCCAUCUAUCAUCUUCUUUGAUGAAAUAGAUGGCUUGGCCCCCGUCCGUUCUAGCAGACAAGACCAGAUUCACAGUUCUAUAGUAUCAACUCUUCUUGCUCUCAUGGAUGGUUUGGACAACAGAGGGGAGAUAGUUGUCAUUGGUGCUACAAACAGACUUGAUUCUAUCGAUCCAGCACUCAGGAGACCAGGUCGUUUUGACAGGGAAUUUCUUUUUAGUUUGCCUGAUCAAAGGGCAAGAAAGCACAUUUUACAGAUUCAUACAAGGGACUGGAACCCCAAAUUAUCAGAUAAUUUUUUAGGAGAAUUAGCUGAAAAAUGUGUCGGGUAUUGUGGAGCUGACAUUAAAGCACUUUGCACUGAGGCUGCCUUGAUUGCCCUGCGACGGCGCUAUCCUCAGAUCUAUAUGAGCAGUCAGAAACUGCAGCUUGAUGUUUCUUCAAUCGUUCUCAGCGCACACGAUUUUUACCAUGCAAUGCAGAAUAUUGUGCCUGCCUCUCAGCGUGCCAUGAUGUGGUCAGGGCAUGCGCUAUCACCUAUCAUAAGGCCACUGCUGGAGAGAACUUUCAAUGACAUCCUGGCAGUUUUGCAUAAAGUGUUUCCUCAUGCUGAAUUCAGCCAGGGUGACAAAAGAGAAGAUUCACUAAAUCUGAUUUUGGAUGAUAGUGAAGAUGAAAAUACUUCAUCAAUAUUUGAGACAGAUUGCCAGUUAGGAUCACCAAAGAAACAGUUACCAGCUGCUAUACAUAAACCGUACCUUCAUUUUACAAUGUCCGCUCACCACCAGCCCACCUCUUACAGGCCAAGGUUACUGCUUUCUGGGGAGAGGGAUUCAGGUCAGACAUCACACCUUGCUCCAGCCCUAUUGCACUCUCUUGAAAAAAUUGCUGUACACAGAUUAGAUCUGCCUGCACUUUAUUCGGUCAGUGCCAAGACUCCUGAAGAAUCAUGUGCUCAGAUCUUCCGUGAAGCAAGAAGAACACUACCAAGUAUUGUUUACAUGCCUCAUAUUGGUGAUUGGUGGGAAGCUGUCAGUGAAACUGUGAGAGCUACAUUUCUAACGUUGCUCCAAGAUAUACCAUCAUUCUCACCUAUAUUUCUACUUUCUACCUCUGAAACUAUGUAUAGUGAACUGCCUGAGGAGGUCAAAUGUAUCUUUAAAAUCCAGUAUGAGGAGGUUUUUUACAUUCAGAGACCUAGCAAGGAAGACAGGCGUAAAUUUUUCCAAGAGCUGGUUCUCAAUCAAGCAUCAAUGCCUCCCUCAAGGAGGAAACGAACAGAUCUUUCUGAAAUGGAGGUGCUUCCUCUUGCAUUGCCAUCUCCAACCCGGCAGCUGUCAGAGAUUGAAAAGCAGCGAAUGGAGGACCAGGAAGAAAAUACACUGAGGGAGCUGCGGUUGUUUCUCAGGGAUGUUACCAAGAGGCUGGCCACAGACAAGCGCUUUAACAUCUUCAGCAAACCGGUGGAUAUUGAAGAGGUUUCAGAUUAUCUUGAAGUUAUCAAAGAGCCAAUGGACCUGUCUACAGUAAUAAGUAAAAUUGAUAAACACAACUACUUAACGGCAAAGGAUUUCCUAAUAGAUAUAGAUCUCAUCUGCAGCAAUGCAUUGGAAUAUAAUCCUGACAAAGAGCCUGGGGAUAAAAUAAUUAGGCAUAGAGCCUGCACUCUGAAAGACACUGCACAUGCUAUCAUUGCUGCUGAGCUGGAUCCAGAGUUCAAUAAAAUGUGUGAAGAAAUAAAGGAAGCAAGGAAAAAAAGAGGCUUAUCAGUAACAGCAGAGCAAAUAAAUCCUCAUGGUUCCACUGUACAGAAAACAGAAAGUAGAGUUGAAGAAGCAUUCCAGAACAGGCAAAAAAAUGCAAUGACAGUUUGGCAGAACUCUGCAAAUAAAUGUGCAUUUCGAUUACGGAGGAAGUCAAGACGACGUUCACAGUGGGGCAAAGGCAUUAUUAAAAAAAGAAAAGUAAAUAAUUUGAAGAAAGAUGAGGAUGAAGCCAAGUUUGCAGAUGACGAAAACCAAGGGGAGGACAGCAAGUUGCUGGAGAAUGGGGAACUUGAGGGAAGUACUGACUGCAUUGAGGAGAAUGGCGAGGAAACGGGAGAUCUCUCUUUGACAAAUGAUGAGUCAUCUUGUGAUCUCAUGGAUAUACAUGGAGAUCAAAGACUCAAUAAUGGGACAGUAGCGAAAGAAAACAAUAUACCAUCCACAGAGGAGAGUUCAAAUGAGUCCCUGCUAGUAAGUAACAAGGCUACUGUGAAUGCAGGGAAUGACUCCAAGGAUGAGUCCUCGUUCAAGAGGGAUCGUUUAAAUGGGGAGGCAUCUGAAGGGACACCCAUUCCAGGAUGUCAGUAUGGCAAAUGUGAUUCACUGAAUGCAGUUUUACCUUCUGGCAUCCCCGACGUGUCUUCUUCCAAGCCAAAUGCAACAAUUGAUGACCAACUAAUAGAAAAAUCCGAUGGUUCAAACGAUAUCCCCGAGGCAGAACAGAUAAAACUGUCUGGCAGUGAGACACCACAAGGCAACAAUAGUGAAAAGAAACUGCAAGGCACAGAUACCGAGUCAAAAGAAACUGAAUCAGAUAAAGAAGGUACAAUGAAAAAUAAAAAACCUCGCAAAGUCGCUUUGACACAGGUUCCAGAAGAGCAGCUGGAUCCUGUACCUCCUGUAAUAGUUGACCAUGACAGAUUAAUGAAUUUACUUGAUUUGUUGGUUAUGAAAAGUGACAACCUGACAGUUGACCAGCUUGAGAGGCUCUACUCAUUGCUUAAUCAAUGCAUUUUCCGGCAUCGUAAAGAUUAUGACAAGUCACAGCUUGUAGAGGAGAUGGAAAGAACAGUUCAUAUGUUUGAAACAUUCCUGUGAACUCUUCGAGAUGUGCGGGUUUGUCUUUUCAUAAGCUGCUCAUGGGAGAGCCAUUCUUCUGAGCCAUUCGAUUUCCGGUUGCACCAAGUAUGUGCCGAGCCUUGGUCUUAACACGCUCGCUCUUUGUCUCUCUUUCUGUUAUGAAUUUGGUGCUAUUGUCUCAGGUACCUGAAACCAGCCAGCCUACAAGAACCAAACAGAACUUCAUAAUAUUUGUAUCUUAAUAGAAAUAAAGAAUAUAAUGCCACAACUUGGAGAUUUUUGGUGCUACAGAAACUGCUCUCAUUUCUGCUGCCUAUAUGCAUUAUCUUAGGAGAAGCUUCAGGCAAAAUGCCACAAACUGGAUAGAGCAGAUCUAACUGAUUGUUUCUUUAAGUGGGCAGCUCCUAAAAUUUUACUGUUUUCUUUUUUUAUUCUCUGAGGUGAUGGACAGAAGCCUGUUUUUAAAGCUGGCAGUGAAGAAUUGUGGUAAAAUGAAUUAACUUUGGUAUACAAUAAUGUGAAGAUGAGGCUCAUGUGAGCUGCCUUCAAUGUGCCUUUUUAGUCAGAGGAGGAGGAGGUGGGAGGAGGAAGAGGAGAAGGCUCUUAAAAUGGUUGGGAUUGUAGCCAAUGACCGAGUUAGAAAGUUCUUUUCAAAAGCCUGUGUUCCCAAAGAACAGUUCCAGGUUCCCACACUGUUGAGUGGCAGCCAGUAUUACAUUUUCACAUGUCUGUGUUGCUCUCCAGAAACAAAAUUAUAGAAAUAAGCACGUUAUCUCAAAAUGAUAAAGUGAAUUUAUUCCAAAAGUGUAUUCGUUUUGAAAAAAAAAAAAACUGUGAAAAAUUCACAGUUGGUAUUAAAGGUGGCUGUAGUUGCAUUUUUGAUUUUAAGUGUUCCAUUUUAUUCCUUCAGAGUUUUUAAAAACAGGUUUCUUUCUAAACUUCCAUUAUUUUGGAAGCUAAGACUUGCUGGGUGGCCAUAGACAGAAAAGACAAUUUUCUGCUGCAGUCCUUUAGCCCUCUGUAUAUAUUAGACCAGGCUCAUUCAAUACAAUUCAUACUGAGCAGUAUUAAUGAGAAAAUAACGGAAUGGCCUUUAAUUUUGUUUAGCGUUGGAAUCCUGAAUUGGGCUGAGAAGGUUGCAGAUCUCUAGAGUUGAUGAUGUGAUAGCAGUUUUCAAACUCAUUCCUUUGAAAGAUAAGGAGAGGGAUGCUCCAGGCAAGAGGAAGGCUGCUAUAGGCCCAGUAUCAAGCAGUCUCUCACGGUUUGCUGUUAGAACAACGCAUAGAAGAUCAGAUGGGCAAGUGUCAUGGUUGAAAUAGUAUCCAUUGAAAAACACGAAGCGAAGCUGCAGGCAUGUCUUUUCCCAAAUAUGCAACUCAGUAUGUUUUGUUCUUAACAAGCAAAAAUGGUCGUGGACUACUGCAGAAAUACUCAGCUACCUCAGCUUUUUGUAUUUCAACUACCAACGAGUGUUUACGAAAGGCUGUAAACCGCUUUGCUACCGCUCACAUGCUAAAGCUAAGGUACUUGUGACUCAGUGUGUAGCUCAUAGUACGCCACUGCUGAAAAGCAGGCUCUGGCCUCGGGCUGCUGCAGUAAUCCAAAGUGCUUUCCCCAACCACACUCCCCCCCCCCCUCAGUUAUUUUCUAUAAGCCUUCUAACUCUAAGCCUCCCUGGGCCCACCCCAGAUGCCACUUGUUCAAUUCCUAAUAUGCAUUUAGUCACACACUAUUCUAAACACAACUCCUGUAGAAAUGCUGUAUUUUUAGGUGGGAAAGUGCGAUUAAAACAAAAACAUUUUGAAGUAGUACUUCAUCCAUUUUAGAAAUUUGAUUGUGCAGACUUCUCAUUUUUCUGUUAGUAUUUAUUGCCAUUAUAACUGUUUAGGAUAUUUUGCUGUCAAAUCCAUUAGCAUUUUGUAUUUUGAUGGAAAUUGUUACAAAACUUUGAGAUUUGAUGAAACGAAAUGUAGCAGAUUUUUUGUAGCAAGUUUCUGGUAAAAUAAUUUUUUGCAAGUCUCAGGUUCUUGCAGCAUUUUUAAAAUAUUGUAGUUCAAAGAUACUUUUGUUCAAGUAGCAGCAGCACUUGUGAAAAGAAAACUGCAUACAUUUUUAACAGGUUGCUAAAUUUGUACAAGUUUAAAUCCUUUAAAUAUAGUUGUCAAUUAAUUUGAAAAGAGUAUGUUAAAUUCAAGUCCAGCAUUAAAAAUGCUUCCAACUGGUCAGUUGAGGGGGAAAAAUCUUAGUAGUUUUUGAAUGUUGAUAAAAAAAAAAUUGAGGAACUGCCUCUAAAUGUUAUAGGUUUUUCAGAAGAAUUAGCUUAUAUAACUGUGUUAGUGGGCAACAUGAAUAAAAAUUAUAUAUUCACCCUUUUGGCUCCAAAACCACACUAAAAACAUGUAUUGCUUUUCUUUACCAAUAGCAUAGUGGUUGUAGAAUUAAACUCGUUAAUCUCUUCAUGUUGUCAAGUCGUUUACUAUCUGUAUUUCUGUUGUUAUUAUUUUGCCACAUAAAACUGGCAAUAAUCUGUACAAAUCAAUUCUUGUUUCUUGUUAUGAAUAUUACCAAUGAACUCCUGUGCAAGGCCUUAUCCUAGGGCCAGAUGGAGGUUAAAUUUCUGUGGGGCUAAUGAUGGAACCGCUCGAAGAUGACCAUGGCUUUGGAGUUAAUUGUGUUUGCAAGCUUGAAUUUCACCUGUGAUUAAUUUAUGUUUUGUGUCCUUGAUAUUGUUACUUGAGUUUUCUCAUAUGCCAAUGUAUUUAUUAUAGGAUUAUGGGUGGUUUGUUUUUGUUUUUGCUAAUACCUUGUCUUCCCAUACUUUUUUUUAAAUUUGGAGGUUAAUUUUUGGCUUUGUUUGAAAUUUUGAAUGGCAGGUCCUGUAGCUGUUCAUCUUCUCUCUCUCUCUCUCUCUAUUUUUUGGUGUAAAUUCAACAUAAGCUUGAAUUUCAGUGUGUACCUGCUUCUUUUUCUAUAUUGUACAUUGGUUUACUUAGGGAAUGGGGAUGUUGUUUGGUUUCAUUUAUGUGUGUCUACUUUUUAAUUAAGUAAACUUACUUCAUCAGCUAUGAUAAAAUUUGGAUUCUAUAAGUUGUAUUCAAAAUUGUGUUUCACUUGAUUUUUUUGGCAUCUUGACUCCAUUCUGCAUUAGUUAAGUAAAUUAUUUAAUUUUUUGAAUUUCUGGAUAUUUUGAACAUCUUACUGUAAUUUGUAAUAUAACUGCUGUGAAAUACUUGAAUAAAGAUGGCAAGUAAAAAUUC